UUGUUCACAGAGGUGACUCUGAAGGUUCACCUGAGCGAUGCCAGCACCCACCAGCCCCUGGGAGGAGCCACCAUCCAGCUCUUCGCCAACCACACUUCUGUAACCACAGAAACCUCAUCAGCUGAUGGCAACACCUACCUGCGCUUCCCCUACCGUCUUGGGACACCACUGGUCGUCACCGCAACCAAACAGGGAUAUGUGCCGAACUCUGUGCCCUGGACUCCCUCCAGAUUACCUGUAUUUUCCUCCAUCAGCCUGGACCUGCUACCAGAAAGAGCCGCUACUCUGAUGGUGUACGAAGAUGUUGUGGAGAUUGUUUCAGGCUUACAAGGUUUCAGGCAUCAGCCCACUGUUCAUUUCCAGCGCAGAGCUCUGAGUCUUCCUGCAAACACAUCCUACGCCAACCUAACUGCUCUGCUCACUGUGGCCAGCACCCCAUCGCACAUCCAGCACUUUCCCCACCUGCAGGUCCUCCGUGGAAACGGCACAGGGACCGAGAAGGGGUUUGAGUUGACUCCUGUAGCAGCCAUCUCUGUUCACUUAUUGGCCAGCGACGGAGCAGAGCUGCAGGUGAAUGAGCCAAUCACGGUGUCCAUCCCUCUGCCGACUGACAGUGGCCUGAAGGAAAAUGAUCACAUCCCUGCUUGGAGAUUUGACCCGCGCUUGGGUGCCUGGAUAAAGAGCAGCUGGGGUCACGUGCAGAGGGAGGGUAACCAGCUCAGUCUGACCUACAUUGCUCCCCAGCUGGGAUAUUGGGUGGCCGCCAUGUCCCCACUACACUCAGGUCCAGUGUUCGCGAAGGACAUCAGCAUGUACCACACCGUGUUUCUCUUGGCUAUACUGGGUGGUAUGGCCCUCAUCCUGCUCUGCCUGCUCUGUCUGCUGUUGUACUACUGCAGGCGCCGCUGCUUGAAGCCACGAGUGUCUCACCGCAAGCUCACACUGUCCUCUGGUCUGGAUGGCAGUAAGAGGGAUCAAGCCACCUCCAUGUCCCACCUGAACCUCAUCAGCAAUGAGGCGCAACUGGAACUCGUUUCCACAGCAACUGAGCCCGACAUGACCACACCAAUGCUGAAGCCUUUCUCAUACGAGCACCAAGACAAUCAACGUCAACACAACAUAAUCCAUCACAACAAACACAGCCGCUCCUCUCUCGGCAACAACAGCCACCACGGCUCAUCUCUUGGCAAUCUGACGCCUCGCAGCAGAGACUACCGGCAGUCCGUGGAGACUUUCCAGUUAAAGACUGCUCUUUCAUCCGGAACAGACCGGGGCUACCGUCAAUCAUACACCUCUGUCUGCUCAGGCAACCUGAUGUCAGAUCCACUGUCCUCAGCCAAUCACGGGCAGAUGUCUGCUAACCAACUGGGCGGUGUUGGGAUUGUUGAUUGCAUCUCGCCUUCCUCUCCUCCUCACUCCCCCAGUAGAGGGGAGGGGUGUGAGUGCAGAGGUCCUGACUACCUUCUGUCCCGCUCUGUGGACCACCUGGAGCGUCCCAGUCUGCCGUCGCUCACCCGACCGGGCCAGCUGCUCUGCUGCGGCUCUGUGGACCUCCUGAGUGGAGGAGAAGGCUACCCGAGGGUGCGUCCUACACUGGUGAUCCCAGCACACUACAUGCGCCUGCCUGGAGAGCACCCUCUGUCUGGUCAGGCCCUACUCCUGCAGACUGAUCAGCAGAGUGACUUGGAGACCAUCCAGGCUGAGCUCAAUGCUUCACAUUCCCAGCAGCCCCUUGGGCAAACUCCCACCGACUGCACCCCAGGUCCCACCAAACAAGGUGGCGGCCUGUCAGAGUCUAUGUCUAUCCCAGCAGCACUUGGGGAAACGGCUCUUGUGGAAAUAAACAGCGAGGACACCUUGUUGGCUGAAAAGACUUUAAUGGAGUUAAGAGGGGGGAAGCCUCUGCCUCACCCGCGAGCCUGGUUUGUCUCACUUGAUGGACGCUCCAAUGCUCAUAUUCGCCACUCCUACAUCGACCUCCAGCGGGCGGGGUGCCACAGCAACACACCAAGUGGAGGGGGUCAGCAAGGUAAUAAUAGCAGCAGAGGGAGGCGCGGCAACAGCAAUGAUGCCAGUUUGGACUCCGGCGUGGACCUGAACGAGCCAAGAGCAGGCCGCAAGGGGAGAGACGGAGAGCGGGAGGAGAGGGAGAUUGGGAGAGACAGGUCGAAGAGCACAGCACCAGCCAUGGCCUACACUCAGCUGGUGUACGUGGAUGAUCUGGAUGUGGGAGGCAGCGAGGAGGAGACACCCAAAAACAGCCCACAGGACAGUAACACAGGAUCCAUCCUGUCAGACAAAGCAGAGAGUCAAAGAGGGGAUCAGGGGCAGGCGGAUGUGGAGGAAAAAACGGGAGUACAAAUACAAGAGCAACCACCCUCACUUUCCUCUUCAUCCCCUGCUUCUCCUCCUCCCCUGCCAACGCCAGAAGGAGAGACUUUCAGGACUGAUCAUGCGCUGCUGUCAGUCUCUCCUGAUGGCGAUGCAGCACAUGAGGAUGGAGAGGAGGAGAAGAAGAGUCCCUGGCAGAGGAGAGAGGAGCGACCUCUGCUGGCCUUCAACCUUAAAUGAUCCACAGAUGACCACUUAAAGGAUAGGCUCACAUUUUCUAAUCUUGUAAUGGAGUAUUCACAUGUCUAUGUACACUGAGAUUGUUUUCGGUCGCUGUAAUUGUUCCUCCUGUCACAUACCGGCCCUUCAAAGAGAUUUAAAUGUGAGUUAUGGGGGGAAAAGACAGGCACAGAUAAAGAUAAUAUGUGAAUUGUCUUCAUUUUAGUUUUAAAUCACUGUCCUCCUGAGUCAUUACAUCUUAACACAUAGACAUAUAUUUUUACAUUCAGUGUCAGGUACACAGCCUGAUAUCAUUAUCUCCAAUGUUCACAGUGAGUAAGGUCCAUAAAGGCACACCUCAUAACUCCAGAUUUUACCUUCAAUCAUCAGAUUUUUAAGUUUUCUUCAGUAUCAAAGUAAUGAUGAUGAGGUGAUACAUCUAUGGAUACACUGAGAAUAGAAACUGCUAACAGCUGAUUCGGCACACUAUUAAUGGUGCCAGUUUGCCUAAAUAUAUUAACACUUCUUGUAAAACAGCACCAGCACCUGGUAAUAAUCUGUACAUAGUGCAAGUCUAACAGAUACUAUCAUUUACUGAUAUGGGAAGGUGAGUAACAGGAACAACUAUAUGCUGAAUCAGGCACGUAACGAGCAUUUCUGGUUAUAAUUUGAAAGUGGUUAGAGCGCUGUGACUCAGCGAGGAAGCACAAGAGGCAGUUUUAUACCAAAAAGGGCAAUAACUUAGCUUGUCUAACUCGAGACAGAUAUCAGCUCCAGCUGAACUUUAACAACAGAACAAGGACUGUGGAUUUUCACCCUCAUCUCUUUACACCGAAAUCGCUUCACAAAGUGACAGGAGGAGCGAUUAGAGCGGCCAGAACUCUUCACUUGUACGUAUAGGGGCAUGUCAUGUUCAGAAUAUGAGCCUAUCCUUUAACCAUGACUCUCCCCUGUGCCCAGACCGUAGUGUGAAGGAUACGACCAUGUGAAUUGAAGCCCUUUGUUUUUCUUAAUUAUAGCACUGAGAGAAUAUUUCAGCACUGGGAUCCCUUCUAGUCCAGAACAUAAAGAUCCUUCAUGAACUUCCAGGUCUUCCCCUUUUAUCAAAUGACCACUGUUGUCCUCCACUCUAUCCCCCUCACCACACUCAACAUAAACAAACCGCUCAUCGCACACGAUGUACACAUUGCCUGAGGGGAGACAGACGGACUUUGGAGGCAAAAAAUUUGAAUAUUUUAUGCACAACAAAUAUAUGCCUUUUUUUCUUUUCUUUUUUUUUUAAAUAAAUAGCCUUGUAAGCAUAAAGGAACUGUAGUAGAAACAGAUGAUGGGUGUUUCUCACAAAUGAAAGACUACAGGAGCCUUUUUUCUCGAGCCAUAUUGGCCCCAGUCCACUGACUGUAAAGAGCUUGCCAGGAAACACACGACACUACUUUAAAAAAGUGAGAUUAUAACCCAUUCUGACUGAUUUUUAAGAUUGUGGAGCAUCUGUGCAAAAUACAGCAAGCGAUUCAAUGUGUUAAUGUGUUUCUGCACAAGAAUCACCCCUGACAUAAACAUGUAAAUCCUGUACUUUGAAUGGUUUUUGAGGAUGUUGCUAGAAUUUAUUCUGGCCCGUCAGAAGGCUAUAGGGGGUGUUUACAUGAUCUUCACAGGAGACUGAAGAAAUUAAACCACUAUCCGCACUGCAACAUAAUCUGAUAAUGUGACACACCACUAUGCUGGUAGGCAACGAUAUAAUGCCACCACGAAACUGUAACCCACCCAAAAUAAUCGUGAGGUGUAAUAAUAUGAAGGGUUUUGUAAUUGUUGAACCACUGACUGGCAUAUUUUUUGCUCUGAAGGCUAUGCAUCACUUUUAUACGUCUGCUUGAGAUGCCUUUUUUUGUAAUUUUAUUCACUAUGAUUUUAAUUGCCAACAUGAAGUAUUUUACCCGAAAAUAGGCUAUUUUUUAUUUCUUCAAAUAUGUUAAGGGCUUUUCUUCUUCAUCCGCCUUAUUGUUAGAGCUGCAAAGACACAUACUGCUUCAGUUUUACCCGAAAACCAAACAACUUUUUGCAUGCUGUUUUUCACCUUAAUCGUUUACCGUUUCCUCAUGUUCCAAGUGCCUUUGAACAACCUGAUUCUGCAACAGAUUUGUGGAAACAGAUUAUUUAUUUCUCGCCUUCUUUUGCCUUCAGCUUUUCUCCUCUACCUCAGCCCUCCCUUUCUCUCCCCUACCCGUGAAAGAAAGCAUGCAGUAAACUUUCCUCAGCACUAGCGUGUUUCAAGCUACACCGCAGACAUCUCUGAAAAUGUCUACCAGCUGCUGCAAUCGUAAAAAAAAAAAAUCCUCUACAGUAAUCAGCAAGACACCGAUCUCUCUUUGAGUAAGCAGUUAAGGAUUUAGCAGGGGAGUAUGUGAAGCAAAAACUGCAGGUCAUUUCAGUGCAUUUUCCUUUUUUUUUUUUGUCUUUACGGAGGGUGAAUGUUUGUCUUGAAUGUGUUUAUGUGGCGGCAGUGUUUGUCUGCGAUGCUGCUGGCUGCUGAGUUUGUGUGUCGUCAGACUGUGUCCAUGUGAGAGCGCUGAGAAAUAAUCAACGUACAUUCACUCGAGGUUCAUAUAGCCAUAGCAAUCAUAUUACAGAGUGUGUAUAGUUCUUUCCUUUUCCUCUACCUGGUCACAAUGAUGUGUGAGUCGGUGUUGUGAAUGGCCUCUUCUCUCUCUUAGUAUCCCACAGCAACCUCCAGUUCUAGGGUGGAGUUGCAAUACAGCAUCCUGAGUGUGUAACUUGGUUGCUUGCAUUAUAUUUGAAGCCUAUUAUUCUGAAUAAACAGCCAAACUGGAAAGA